AUGUACACCACUCCACACGCAGUAAUGCCAACCUUUGCACCCUUUCCAGAGCCAGACCUCUCCUUAAACAUCAGCCCACCCUUCACUUCAGAUUUUGACGGUAAACAAGUGGAAACAAGCUGCAACGGAUUAACAUUAACCACCAAAACGCUUUACAGCGAUAUGUGCUCAACAUCGGAUUCUGGAAGCAGUGGAAGCGAUUUAAGCCACGAUAAUGGGUUUUGCCCCACUGUCUACAACCUUGGUCAUCGCGAACCGACUCUGAGCUUAGGCUUCGGAAGGGAAAAUUUGAAUCCUUAUCCUAUCCAAGGAACAGUGUCGAAAAACUUCAAUCACCUGUACAACUAUCAACCUCAGAUCAAUACCCUUGAUUUCAAACGAAAUGCUAGAGGCUUUCAAGGUGUAAAAAGAAGCUCCAGAGCUCCUAGAAUGCGAUGGACUACGACCCUCCAUGCUCAUUUCGUUCACGCUGUUCAGCUUCUUGGUGGUCAUGAAAGGGCAACUCCGAAGUCUGUGUUAGAGUUAAUGAACGUUAAGGAUCUAACUCUAGCUCAUGUGAAGAGUCACUUGCAGAUGUAUAGAACAGUGAAGAGCUCUGACAAAAGCAGCGCAGGUUAUGGGCAGACAGAUAUAGGGUUUAGCCAAAAGCCAGGGAUUGUCGAUCUGCAUGGAGCCUUAGCUUGUGAGAGACCGAAUUUGCCACAGCCACUGCUAAAAUUCCACAGGGCGUCAUGGCAUUCAUCGAUGGAGACAAAUUCAAUAAAUUAUAUGCAGAAACCCAUUAUGAAUUCAAUGUAUUCUCAUCUCAAAGGAAACCAAACCACGGUGGGUGGACAGCAUUAUGGAGUUCUGUCGAAUUGCAUGGAGAAGAAAUUGGAUUCUUGCUCUUUGUCACGUUCUGAUAUGACGCUAGACCUAGAAUUUACCCUUGGAAGGCCCACUAGCUGUAAACAGACCUCGCAGAAUCAAGAGAAUUAA